AUGGCGCCCCGAUAUCAAAGCGUUGCUGUCAUCGGUGCUGGUCCAUCUGGCAUUUCUGCCGUCAAAGCCUUGCAAGAAGAAAAUACUUUCCAAAACAUACGUCUAUUUGAGCGACGAGGUCACAUUGGAGGGAUCUGGCAAUACGAUGAGAUUCCCGAUCUGUUUCCAUCCCAAGAGUCCUCCUCCAGUGAACAAGAUCUCGAAAUCCCAAGUCGCCUUCCGCUGCUCAAGUCUCCUUCUCCAGAAGACGUAACGUCUCGCACAGGCAUCUACGAUGGUCUUGACAGUAAUGUCGGCGCCAAGGUCAUGGCUUUCACGCACACUCCCUUUCCCGAGAUAAAUUCGGCAUCGUCAAGUAGACACUUAGGGAAGUCCAAUCCAACCCGGCCAUUUCGGGUGGUGAGAAAGUACUUGGAAGAUAUAUUCCAAGACUACCUUCAUCUUGCCUCGCUCAAUACAACAGUCGAAAAGGUUGAAAAGCGGGACGGGAAAUGGACUUUAGCACUUCGUCAGUCCGGCCACGGGGAUGGCAACACUCCCAAGGACUAUUGGUGGGAAGAGCAAUUCGAUGCUGUGAUUGUUGCAUCGGGGCAUUACAGCGUGCCUUUUGUUCCAUUUGUCAAAGGGCUAAGUGCUGCCUUUGCGCGCCAUCCGACCAUAUUUGAGCAUUCAAAGGCGUUCCGAAGGGCAGAUGAUUAUGUGGAUAAGCGUGUGGUGGUCGUUGGAGGCAGUGUCUCCGCAGCAGAUCUUGUCGCAGAUUUACAUGCCAUUGUGAAAGGUCCUCUCGAGCUAUCCCAGAGAGGGAAGAACGAGGCGCUGCAAUCCGCGUGGGAUCUACCUAAUGUCAACGCUAGGCCAACAAUCAAAGAGAUUCAAGCAACAGAAGAAGGCAUAAACGUCGUGUUUUCCGACAACAGCCUUUUGGAGGGCGUGGACAAGAUCAUCUUCGCCACUGGGUACAAGUUGUCCUAUCCAUUCCUGGUGCCGAACCCCGUGACUCCCAACAACCGGGUAGCAGGGUUUUACCAGCACAUUUUCAAGAUUGGGGAUCCAUCUUUGGCUCUCGUCGGCCAGGUUCGUGCUGCGAUCAGCUUCCGGGCUUAUGAAUACCAGGCCGUUGCCGUUGCCCGAUAUUUCGCCGGAAGAAAUGCGGCGUCCUUGCCAACGCCACAAGAGCAGGAUCUAUGGGAGGUCCAAAGACUUCAGUACAAAGGCCAUACUGCCCUGUUCCACGAAAUAAAGCCUGACUUUAAGGAAUAUUUUGAUUUCUUAACAGAAUUGGCUGGGCCCCCAGCACCGGGAACGGGUGGUUACUCACUCCCUCCUUGGGAAGAUCGAUGGGCAGAACAAGGAUUCGAGAUUCUUCAGCGAAAGGACAAGUACUGGAAGUCACUACGAAGAGCGGCGGAUGGAUUAGGGGCAGUAACGGCUAAACUUUGA